AGAUAUGUGGUCAUUUUUGUUUUUUCACUAUAUAAUGCAUGCAUUCGUCUGUGUCCUCCCCCGAUGCAGUGAAGAUGGUCAUCCCCUGGGCAGACGUGACUAAACUAGAGAGAGCCACUAGCAGUUUCAUGACGGACACUGUCCGGGUGACGACGAGGAGCCGCCAGAGAGACUUCUCCAUGUUCCUGAACCUUGAGGAGGCCUUCCAGAUGAUGGUGCAGCUGGCUGACAUCACCCUGCGCAGGCUGCUGGACAACGAGGUCUUCGAGCUGGACCAGGCCCUGCAGCAGCCCGCUCACAUCACCAAGAGGGUCCUGGAGGAGCACGCCCAGAAGGAGUACUUCCUGGCGCUGUUCCGGCUGCCGCGGCGGGAGAGGCUGCACGAGGCGGCGGAGUGCUCCGUCUGGACGCCCUACAGCCGCCGCCACACCGCCGGCACGCUCCACGCAUCCGACAGCUACGUCUGCUUCUCCGGCCGGGAGGAGGGCAGCUGCACCUUGCUCAUCCCCCUCGCGGAGGUGGUCACUAUAGAGAAGGCGGAAAGCACCAGCUUCCUGCCCAACCCCAUCAUCAUCAGCAUCAGGAGCAAGAAAGCGUUCCAGUUCAUCGAGGUCAGGGAGCGGGACGAGCUGGUGGAGAGCAUGACGAAACGGCUGAGGAGUGUUCAGUGGAGACGAGGGGUGUUCCGCAACAAAGAGAACCACAGGAAGACCCAGAUCACUCCUGCGCUUUACUACACAUUCUGCUACGAUAAAAUGUAUUCAGACUGCGAAAACGCUGAGCCGUCCAAAAAACAGAGCAAACCUCUGUUGAGCACAGAAGCCUUAAUGUCAGCUUUCCAUCACAAACUGCCUGAGCCUUCAAACAGCACAUCUACGAUGGAGCAGGCGAAGGAGAGACUGUGGCAGGACCACUUCUCAGAAUAUGGUAGGGGCGUCUACAUGUUCCGGACGGAGAAGAUCCAGAAGCUGGUUGCCAUGGGGAUCCCAGAGUCGAUGCGCGGGGAGCUCUGGCUGACGUUUUCAGACGCUGCCUCCGACCUCGCCUCCCACCCCGGCUACUACGCCGCCCUGGUGGAGGAGUCCAUGGGCCGGUGCAGCCUGGUGACGGAGGAGAUCGAGAGGGACCUGCACCGCUCCCUGCCGGAGCACCCAGCUUUCCAGAACGACACCGGCAUCGCCGCCUUGCGGAGAGUGCUCACCGCCUACGCCCACAGGAACCCGAAGAUCGGUUACUGUCAGUCCAUGAAUAUCCUAGCCUCCGUGCUGCUGCUCUACUCCAAAGAGGAGGAGGCCUUCUGGCUGCUGGUGGCCGUGUGUGAGAGGAUGCUGCCAGAUUACUUCAACCACAGAGUCAUCGGAGCCCAGGUAGACCAGUCUGUGUUUGAGGAGUUGAUCAGGGAGCGUCUCCCGGCGCUAGCUGAGCACAUCCCUGACCUGGCCCCACUCUCCUCCGUCUCCCUCUCCUGGUUCCUCACCCUCUUCCUCAGCAUCAUGCCCUUCGAGAGCGCGGUCAAUGUGGUGGACUGCUUCUUCUUUGAUGGCAUUAAAGCCGUCUUCCAGCUGGGACUGGCGGUGCUGGACGCCACGGCCGCAUCUCUCUGCAACAGCACCGACGACGGGCAGGUUUUGAUGAUUCUGACCAGUUUUCUAGAUCAUGUCAGGAAUGAAGAAAGUUCCUGGCCCUCGGUGAGGAACCAGGCCUCCUGUGAAGGAUCCGACAGAGACUCCACUGAAGACACGCAGAUCGUCGACCUGGUGCGCGACUCCCAUGAGAAAUUCGGGGACCUGACCGUGAGGCAGAUCGAGCAGCUGCGCCGCAGACACAGGGUGCAGGUGCUGCAGGCCCACGAGGACACCACCAAGGAGAACGUGCUCAGAGUUGUGACACAGCGUGUUUCACUCUCAGCAGAGGAGUUGGGAGAUGUGUACGACCUGUUUAAGGCGCAGCACUUCAUCAGCUGCUACUGGGGGGGGCCGGGGCCGGGGCCGGGCCUGCAGCGCCACGACCCGAGCCGGCAGUACGCCGAGCAGUACCGGGUGGACCGGCCGCAGUUCAAGAGCCUGUACCAGCUGCUCUCGCCCUGGCCGUGCGGGCUGCACACUGACACCGUGGCUCACCGCACCUUCGCCCUGCUGGACGGCGACGGGGACGCGCUCAUCAACUUCGGGCAGUUCGCCGGCUGGCUGGAUACGGUCUACUGUGAGGAACUGAAUGAAAAAAUCCGGCUGUUGUACCGACUGCACAUCCCUCCUGCUCUCACAGAGAAUGAAGACGAACCCUCCCCACUGAAGACCCCAUUGUUGUCUACCACAAGGCCCUUGUACGUUGAACUUCCUAAUGGGGAAAUGAAGGACUAUCAAGCGCAGCUGAAGCAGAUGCUUAAGGAUCUCGCCAAAGAAAAGGAAAAGGUGACGGAGAAACCCCUGCCAAUGAUGAACCAGAGGGAGUUCAUUCAGUUCUGCAAGACCCUGUACAGCAUGUUCCAGGGAGAGCCCAAUGAGAACGAGCUGUUCCAAGCCAUCGCCACGGUGACGAGCCUGGUGCUGCAGAUAGGAGAGGCCGGCCAGAGGGGCCGCACCUCGGAGACCGCGGAGGAGCGAGAGGCCGUGGGCAGCGCGCAGACACCCGAGGGGCCCCCGGAAGACCCCGUCCGCGUGGACGGUGAGAAGACCGCCCUGGCGCAGGCGGAGGGGGGGUGGAGUGUGACGUUCGAGCAGAUCCUGGCCUCCCUGCUCACAGAGCAGUCGAUCUUCAACUUCUUCGAGAAGCCGCUGGAUCUCAAGGCCAAGAUCGGCAGUGCGAGACUGAACCAGUACCACGAAAGAAUCCAUCUCCUGACGAUCCAGGAGCCGUGAACUCGGAUCUCCGCCCUGCUUCGUCUCCGGCUCUGAUGAGGUGUGGUUCACGUUUUCUUUUAUAACCCUCCUGCCCUUCAGCUGAAGGUGUCUACCGACGCCACACGGCAACAACCUUGAUACAAAAGCUGGUCACUGAAAACCGAUUCUGUUGACAGAAAUGACACGUUUUCAAAGAGCAGGUGCGUGGCUUUACCAAGUUUUAAUGAAAAUAAGCAUAAGCAAAGAUGAAAACUGAAACUAAGGCUGCAUCACAGGAUUGUUCAGUCUUGUUUAUGUGCUGUUUCCACUUUAAUGUCGCUAAUGGUCCCUGACUGGCACAUUUAAAAAUACCCAGUAGUUUUAUCCAUAGAAAGAAGUGGCUUUUACAGAAAGCUACUUAUGAAAAUGUGUAAAAAAAAACAGUUAGCCCACUACCAUCUGCCAGGUUUUGACAUUUUGUUUUACAAACCAUUUUAGCUAUAAUUAGAAAAUGCUAGGGAUUAAUAAUAAAUGAAGAAACAGGAUUUUUACAAUCCUACAAACUGUAGCACCGCUGGUGGCUUGUGUCUUUGGGAGGUUGCAGGUUCAAUGCCCAACCAAGCUCAUCAGCAUUCGUUGACCAUUGAAGGUGGGCAGGAAGAAGAUAACUCUGGGCUAGGCCCAGCUGCCUUAACGAAGGCUUGAAAACAGCUUUUUUGUGUGUUCAAUCAGAAAUUUCCUUCACCUAAAAAGUGUUUAGGUUUAAUUCUGGUCUCCCAGUUUGGAAUUUGCCAUUAUGGAGUUGUUGAAUUCUGAUUUGAACCUCAAUCUGCUGCUUAAAAUGUAAAGGCUGUGAAGACAAUCCUGAGUUUGGAUAAUGCUCAGAUCUUUACUCACAUUCUUGUGGGAAGUGGAACUUAAGUAGACCAUUUAAAUAGAUUUCUCUUUUUUACUAUAAUCCCAGAAAAAAUAAGAGAUUCCCUGAUUAAGCUUUCUGAUGCACCCGAAUGAAGUCAGCAGUUAUUUAAUGUUUCUUCAGUUCUUGAAAGAGGAGAAAAAGGCAUCUGUAAAAUCAACAGUGCAAAAGAAUUCAAGUUUCUCAUUUUGUUUGUGAUUGAGAAUGUAAAUCAAUAGUUCUUAAAGAACUCAAUUUAAACGUGAUCAGAUCUGUAGACCAGUAUUAAAUGAAUAUGAGCCUGUUUGAAGAAUAGUUAGCUGUUGUCAGGAAUAUUUUUGGGUUCUGAUUGGAAGCAGGUAUAACUUUGAACUCGUAAGGCUAGACUUACAGCUGUGUCCAGGGACCUGAGAGAAAGCAGAACCUACCCCUGACUUCAGGAACGGAAGCUCCAGGUGUGCCUCAUCCUGACAUUCCCCAAGAACUUCAUUCCAAGAAACGGAAUGUGAAGCCAUUCGAUCAGGAUGUGAAAGACUUUGAAAGGCAUUACCUGCCAGACGAUGCCUGAGUAUUGCCAUGAGUGGCAAGAAUCUCUGCACUCCUUUCCAGUUCAGGCCAGCUUCACUUGUAAGUUAACUGUAAGUUUGCGGUUUGUAAUUUUUUAUUUUUACUUCCUGAUUUUACUUUCAAAACGGUAACGUGCAAGAGUUCUUCGUCAAUCAAUAAAAGUAACAAAACAUGGUA